UCAACCAUUUGAACCAUUUGAACCAUUUGAACCCGCUGCUUCCGAUUGGAUUCGUUACGCACAUGCUUAUUAGAUUUUCGAUCCUUGUAUUAGUUUGACGGCUUCUUACUGAUUAUCUUAGAUAAUAUAGAUUGGUCUGAAAAAGCUUCAUUUUAAAACGUAAAAGUACAUUUUGGUGUGAAAACGAAAAAAAAAUGGUUGAAAGAUGGAAUGCGAAUUCUCCUGAUAUUCCUAUUGUUUUCGAAAUAAAUGAAACAGCAAAUUGGAUUAGAAAAAAUAAAUUUACUAAGGUUGGAUUACAAUUUCCAGAUGAACUUUUGGGUAUAUCAGUUGUUAUAUGUAGGCAAUUGAAUUCUAUCGUUACUGAUUGUCUAUGUGUUAUUCUCGGAGAUAGUUCGUUUGCAAGUUGUUGUGUUGAUGAAAUAGCUGGUGAACAUAUGAAAAUCAAUGCACUUAUACAUUAUGGUCGAGCAUGUCUAUCUGAAACAACUGGACGUUUACCUGUUUAUUAUGUAUUUGGCAAAUAUUCACCUUGUCAACUUCAUAAUGAAAUUCAAUCAUUUAAACAAAUUUCACAUCAAUUAAUACAGACUAUUUUAUCCUAUUCAGAAACGACUACUCCUACUACACCGCCAAUCCUUCUUAUUAUGUAUGAUUUCCGUUUCAAAGAUAUUGCUCAAUAUAUUUAUAAAGAAUUAGUGUCCAUGAGUACUACCACUACUACUGCUACUACUACUGCUACUACUACUACUACUACUGCUACUAGUAAUAGUAGUAGUUCACAUAGUCCUAACUUAUUACCAAAAUUAAUAUGGUCUGAACCAUAUAUUAAUACAUUAGAUCACUCAGUAAUAGAAUCCUCAGACAAUAUGAAUAAUUCAUGGAUUCGUUGUGGACGAUUUCUGAUUCCUUAUCAAUUUGAUUUGGAUACUUUAAAUAAUAAUAAUAAACAUAGUUGGAUGAUGUUAUAUAUUGGACAUACUAAAGAAAAUGAUAAUGAUCUGUUAUCAGUUUAUCGUAUUCUACUUUGUUUACCUGAAAUUGAUCCAUUGAAAACCAUUUUAUUUGAUCCAAUUAGUUGUGAUUUAGAUUUAUCUGGUUUACAAUUGAAUAGAUUAUUAAAAAGAAGAUCAUAUUUAAUUGAAAAAGCUAAAGGUGCACAAUAUAUUGGAAUACUUAUUUGCACAUUAUCGAUUAAACAUUAUCAACAUAUUAUUGAUCGUUUAAAAUCAUUAUUACACUAUGCAAAACGUUCAUGUAUCACAUUAAUUGUUGGUCGAUUAAAUCCAGAAAAAUUAGCUAAUUUACCUGAAUUACAAUUAUUAAUUAUAAUAGCAUGUUCUGAGACAAGUUUAUUAGAUUCAAAUGAUUUUCAUAUACCAGUUAUAACGCCAUUUGAAAUGGAAUGUGCUAUACGUUCAUGUUAUAUGAAUGAACAUUUAUUAUUAUAUGAUGAACGUACAUGGACAGCAGAAAAAUUUUGGGUAGAUUUUCAUGAUUUAUUACCAGGUAAGUUGAAUAUUGAUUGUUUGUUUGUUUUGUUUAUUCCACAAGUUAUUUGUGUACUUAAAUUGGUCCUGGUACGACCGAGAGUUGGGGGGGGGGAGUCCGCCUUCCCUCUCGAAAUGCUCUCACGUGGCCACGCGUAUAUAACCUCUGUCAAGGAAGUCCUACUCACUGCUUUCUCGUGGCGAGGGUGUUGUUUACGAAAUUGAGAAGACGAUAAGCGAGAGUGCGGAGCUUCAACUAGGUUAAUGGACACUACGAGUCCACCUACGGGAGUUGGAAAACUCCCAUUCCAAACGAAUGGUGCACGUGGGCUCCAGUAUCCUGAAGGAACAAAUAGCGAAUGAAUCUGCCGUUGGUCACCGACUUCCAUGGGACUGCAUCUCCUCACGAUGCUCCAUUGCCUUGUGGAUCAGACUUUCAGGUCAAAGGCCCCAGGUGUGGCCCCUUAAGAAAACCACCUGCUUCAGUUUGGGCACGCGGGCAGUAUCACAGCUGUCACACAAAUCGAAUGAAAUUUGUGCGGCGCAUAUGUAUUGGGUUCCCCUUUAUACCAAUAUUUAUGUGAUCAAAUAAAUAAAUAAAUAAGUGUAUGUUUAGGAUACUACACUUUGUGUUAAUGUUAAGGUUUUACCUAUUUGGGACUUGUCUGAACAAUAUCCUACAUUGUUAAAUUUGAUGUUGAUCAUGUGCAGUAGAACUGUGAUAUUAUCAUUGGAAUAGUUCAGUGGUUAAUGUGUUAAGCAACGAAGCUUCCUGACAUAGGUUCGAAUCCUACUGAGAGCGUCAAUCCCUUCAAAACUACAGAUACGCCUUGUUGAAGAUUGGUAAUUAGCACUAAACCUAAAGUAAACAGGGUUUCCUACUGACUACUUUUAUCCUCCUAACAUCUAAGCAUAAUACAUGUGAUGUCGAGUCACUUUGACUAGUGGUCACGUUUAAACUUAAAUAUUUAAGAUUUAGUCAGUACUAAAAGAUUUAACAAACAUAACAUUAAUCACUUCUCAUUGAUCAAUUCAUUGUAAGUUAUUCAGUGUACACUUUUUAAUUUUCUUCAGGUGGUCGAGCUUAUAUACCUCUAGAGAAUGUUAUUCCACAAGUAACUGAAUCAUUCGCUAUUGUUUCAUUAAUUAAUGGACAUAGCCAUUUAAUUCCAGAAAAUAAGCCUCAUACUGAUUCAAAUCAUGACAAAGAUAAUUCUCAAUCAUUAAUAGUUCGAUCAUCAGGUGAAUUAAUUGAUUUCAGUCAAUGGAAUUUAAACUCUCGUCGAACAUGGUAUGGUUUAGAUCCGAAAAUUGGUCAAACACCUAUAGCACAAAUAAAAGAUGGUCGUACUGGUUUACCAAUACAGUAUAUAGAUGAAAAGAACGUUCAAUCAUCCGAUUAAUUAUCAUUAUAUACUUCGAUCCACUGACCCGUUGACAGUUUGGCUUUGUACAUAAAAUUCUGAUAUUGGAAUGUUUGUCAUGUUGAGAUGAUUUACUAGAAUAUUUAUUUUGUUU